CUUGUUGACGAAUCGUUCAUCCAGAAAUAAACAGGAGGAUAAAGAUCACCAAACAAAACAGCUGGGAAAAAUCAUCUGAAAACGACUCCUUGAGACACCUUAAUUCGGCUCCCCUUGCCGCUCAAUCCCACUCCCACUCCUUCCCGCCGCUGCGAUUUUCCUCCUCCCCGACCUCCGAAACCCUCCCCCCCCUACUACUGGAUGAGUAUCACCACCAUCGCGACUUCUUCCAAUGCACAGACGCUCGUCUGGUUCGCCGGUCGAGGACGACACUGAAGAUUCCCUGAUCCCCCGCACUUCCUUCGACCCGAGUCAUGCCCCGAAUACUUUCGAUCCGCCGGAGAAAUCGCGUCCGCAGGUAGCCCGCACCAGUACCAGCUUCGACCUCCGUCGUCAAGACUCCACGGGCGCCGCGACGCCGCGACCCAGGAACUCCGGUCUGUGGAGGACCUUGUCCUCCACUUCCACCGUCACUCUCGCCGCCAACGAGCCGAAACCCUCCUCCCUCAUGAUCCCCCUCGCAUCCCAGCGCCUGCCCAUGGAGUCUUCUCCAGAGGCGCACCAGCGCGCUCGCUCGUCCCGUCUGCGCAGCCCCUGGACCUGCUCCAUCCUGACCGCCCUGACCACCUUGCUCGCCUCCGUCUUCCUCUUCUCCAUCCUCCGCUCGUUCUCCGCCCGGCAGACCGGUGGGGAUGGCUGUGGCAUUCCCGUCAUGAGCCCGGCCUUUCUGCCCAUGGAGGGCUUCGACACCGAACAUACGCGAUUCGCCAGCAAAUACAAUCUCUAUCUUUACCGGGAGGCUGGCGUUGAUGGGUACAACCGCGACAAUUUCGGGUUGAAUGGUGCCCCUGUCCUGUUUCUCCCCGGAAAUGCGGGCAGUUAUCGGCAGGUCCGAUCCUUGGCCGCCGAAGCCUCCAGACACUACGCCGACGUCGUCCGCCACGACCAGGAACGCUUGAAUCUCGGCACCCGGAGCCUGGAUUUCUUCAUGAUCGACUUCAACGAGGAUAUGGCCGCGUUCCAUGGCCAGACCCUGCUCGAUCAAGCCGAAUACGUGAACGAAGCUAUCGCUUACAUCCUCUCCCUCUAUCAUGAUCCCCGGCGAUCUUUUCGCCGAGACCCCAACCUACCCGACCCGAGUUCCAUCAUCCUCGUGGGCCAUUCCAUGGGCGGCAUCGUGGCGCGCACCACGCUGACCAUGGCCAACUACCAAGCGAACUCCGUCAAUACCAUCAUCACCAUGUCGGCCCCGCACGCCAAACCCCCCGUCUCGUUCGAAUCCGAUGUCGUCCAUACCUACAAGCAGAUCAACGAUUACUGGCGCGAGGCCUACUCGCAGACCUGGGCCAACAACAACCCCCUGUGGCACGUCACCCUCAUCUCCAUCGCCGGCGGCUCCCGCGACACCGUGGUGCCCUCCGACUAUACCAGCAUCUCGUCGCUGGUCCCAGAGACCCACGGGUUCACCGUGUUCACCUCCACCAUUCCCGACGUCUGGAUUGGGAUGGAUCACCUGUCCAUCACCUGGUGCGACCAGUUCCGGAAAUCGAUCGUCAAGUCGCUCUUUGAAGUGGUGGAUGUCCGGCGCGCCAGUCAGACCAAGCCCCGGGCGGAACGCAUGCGCAUCUUCAAGAAAUGGUACCUGACGGGGUUGGAGUCGGUGGCCGAGCGGACAUUGGCCCAGAAAGAACCUAGCACCAUGCUGACACUUGAGGACGAGUCGACCACGAUCUUAUCGCAAGGUCAACGGCUGGUCCUCCGCGAGUUGGGUCACCGCCAGGGUCCCGGCAUCCACCUUCUUCCCAUUCCGCCCCAGGGGGUGUCGGGCAAGAAGUUCACCCUCCUGACCGACCAAGGAUUGGACAAAACCGGAGAUCAAGGCAGCCUGGGGGUGUUGUUCUGCAGCGUCUUCCCUCUGCACGAUGGCAAAUUGUCCCCCGCCUUGUUAAAUAUGGACCUCCCCGGGGGCAAUGCCGACGCGACCCGUCUCGCCUGCAAGAACGCGGCCGACGACGAGAUCCACCUGCCGGCGUCCACCCACACGUCGCAUCACCCGUACGAUCGGACCCGGCCCUUUUCGUAUCUCCAGUACGAUCUGGAGGAUCUGGUGGAGCACCAGUUUGUCGCGGUCAUCGACAAGGCCAACGCACCCACCAAGGGCUGGGUGUUGGCGGAGUUCUCGGACAGUUCGGAUUCCAUGAUCCGGGCUCGCAUGGGCCUCGGCGGUCUGCUCAGCGCUGGGUUGAAAGUGCGCCUGCCCGCCAGCCGUCCCAUGCUCACCGAGUUGAAGAUCCCCGCGCUUCACUCGAGUCUGCUGGACUACCGGCUCCGGGUUGUGCGGCGCAGCGACGGGAAGCGGCAAGAACUCUUUGCGCCCCUCCUGCGGCAGUCGAUUCCCGACCCGCAUGAGUCCAAGUUCUUCGUCAACGUGAAAGACGUCAACGUGAACCUGCACGGUGUGGCACCCUUCAUGCCACCCCCGCUGCGCGACCAAGCGACCCUCGGCGGGGUGUCGUUCCAGCUGUGGACCGAUCCCACCAGCGAGUCCACCGUGGAUCUCUACUUGACGGUGGACAUCGCCAGCAGUCUCGGCGAGCUGGUGAUGCGGUACCGGACGGUGUUUGCCGCCUUCCCGAUCCUCGUCGUUGCCUUGGUCCUCCGCAAACAGUUCCAAGUGUACGACGAUACGGGGUUCUUUAUCACCUUUGGCGAGGGUCUCGAUCGAGCCCUUCGUUCGUCCUUGCCCAUCUUAUUUCUCGCCAUGUCCUUGUUGGCCUCGUCUCUGGCGACGCCGACCGUUCUGCCGCCGAGUGAUGACCCGUACCACUGGAAAAUCAACGCCACCGAGGCGCCGGUCGAUUUUACCAAGAACGACCUUUUGUUGGGCUCGCAAGAUGCCUUUUUCUGGUUUUUGGUGCCCAUCUUUGGUCUGAUCAGUGUGGGGGUGUGCGUGAUUGUCAACUAUCUUGCGAUGGGUCUGCUGUUCAUUCUGUCCUCGGUUUACGGGCACCUAAGCAGCCAGUCGGGCUACAUCAAGCGCGACGAUAAAGAGAACGCCCUUAGCUUUUCUACUGCCACCCCGAGACGCCGACUUAUCACCACCGCCGUCCUCCUCAUGCUAGUAUCAACGGUCAUCCCGUAUCAGUUUGCCUAUCUGGUGGCAUGUAUCGUGCAGCUAGCCACGUGUGUGCGGGCGCAGUGGCAUGCCAAAGAAACGAGGUCUACGUCGUCCUACAAUUUCACCAACUACACGCACUCGAUUUUCAUCCUGAUGCUGUGGAUCCUACCCAUCAACAUCCUGGUCCUCCUGGUCUGGGCCCAUAACCUAGUCGUGCACUGGUUUAUGCCGUUCUCCUCACACCAUAACGUUAUGUCUGUAAUGCCAUUCAUUCUUCUUGUUGAAGCCAUGACGACGGGAACUAUGAUUCCUAGAGUCACCUCACGGCUAAAACACAUCACCUCAAUCAUCCUCUUCUCCAUUGCGAUCUACUCCGCCGUCUACGGCGUCUCCUACGCCUAUCUACUGCACUACCUCGCCAAUAUUCUUUCGGCAUGGCUAGUAGGGGUCUACCUUUUCAGCAGCGGCUUCUCCAUCCGGCGAAUAUGGCGAGCCCUCGAGGAAGACGACAGCGUCUGCGAACCCGGAAGCAUGAAGAAAAAGCCCUAAUGUUAUCCUUUUUCUCCCGCUCAUUUUACACGAUUCCUUCCCAGCACACCCCAACUUUUUUUUCCCUCAAUCUUAUUCCCUUUAUUGCAUUUCAGGGUCUGCUGGCCACACUUACGGAGUUUAAGCUAGUUCAUUGCCUAUUGAGCGGUG